CUGACCCCGAAGUACAUACUUAAGUACACGUGAAAGCUCAACGCUAAGAAGCAUCAACGGACGGGACUAUGUAUGGAAGUACCAUGAAUUGACGUCCAUCAUCAGCCCAAAAUGUGUACAGACACCUUGCAAGCCAAUCGCGACCUCCUGGAUCCGCAUUUUGAUGGUUAUAAGCUGUCACUGGAUCCACUGCCAACGUAUUCCAUUGAUGUAGUAUGUGGCAUUGAUGAAGUGAAGCUUCGUAACGAUCAGUACACCCUGCAGCAUGUCAAGGCAUUUGGCAUUCACAACCAUUUGGUUCAUGACCAGUGGAACCCCAACUGUGUGUACUACAUUGAUCAGGAGUGGAAAGUGAUUCAACACAGAGUUGUUCUGGAGUCCCAGCUUCAACCUGGCAGGGUGGUGUUUGAGAUCAGCCACGAAUGCGAGCAGCGUAGCAGGCCGAGGCACAACGCCACACUGCACUUCCCAUCUGCUGAACUCUGUCUCCUAGCAGAUGGGGCCGGAACGCUUUACCUACUCGCCACAGCUGACAGAGACUGUGCUGAGCUGUCAACGUGGCAGGUUUUGUACAGUGGAGAGGUCUGCGGUCCGGCAACACCCUUCGUGUUACUCCACUCAGUAGCACAGGCGGACUCGGCAUCAGUUCAUUGUUUACUGCUACGAAUCGAGGAGGAGCAGGACCGUACAACAGGAGAUGAAUGUGAAGCAAGCACAGCCAGGACGUCAGGCAAUUUUGCUGCCUUACUAGAUUGGCUGACAAUGUCAAAACCACAAGGUGCGUCAUCACAUCAAGUCAGUCGCAGACGGAAGUUAAAGAGUAAACUGGCCCCCUUUUACGCUGCAGUGGAAGCAACCGGCCAAGCGCUGUUCCUUGCUGGGGAAGCAGAGUUUAAGAUAACAGAAGAUUCAGCCAAAAGUGCUACAGAAGACCAGAAACAAGACAUAAAGGAGAAAGAUGCUGACAUUUCUACCAAUACAACACACCCUCAGUACACAUGGACUCAAACCGAUGACGAUGUGACUCUCGUCUUUAUUCUUCCUCCGUCCACACCCAAGUCUGCUGUUAAUCUGACGCUGACUCCCGACACCAUGCAGCUCAGUGUCAAGAAUGGUGACGAGCUGCUCAGUGGCGCCCUCUACAGAGCCGUUGACGUACAGCUGUGCACGUGGACACUGGAAAAUCGAAAGCUGGAAGUAACUCUGGCAAAGGCAGAUGAGGGUCCCAUGUGGACUGAGGUUGUCGUCGGCAAUCACCGUGGGGAGUACGUGAUUGAUGAAGAUCAGGCUCGAAUCAUCCAUGAUAGGCUUGCACAUCUUACAUCUGACCAACUGAACCCUGACCCUGUACCAGGCGGCAGCCAGCCUGGAAUCGGCCCUCAUGACUUAGAAGAAUGCGAUGCCCUACCAGAUGGGUACUCGACUCUGGUUAGACUGGAUGGCGAGUCACAUACUGUCACCAACAGGGCAAGCCUGAGCAGUCACCAGUUCCUAUUCAAUGCCCAGCUGCAUCCUGACAAACUGCCGUGCAUCUGCCUACGUCAUGAUGUGGAUGGGUUGCUAUGGCAACCAGGCAUGGGAGCCGAUGGGCAGCGCAGCGCACCCUGGUGCCACGCAGCCACCUUCAAUGCCCUUGGCUACGUUCAGGCCUCCAAGCGGGACCGCAAGUACUCCUGCUGCCCGCCCGGCUGCUCCUACGCCGUGGUGUGCGACUGCAUCCGGCACCUGUAUGUCUACCGGCAGCCCGCCCCCAUCUUGUCUCCCCUCAGGAAUAGGAAGAGCGGGCGAGUGGUCAGCCAGAUUGCCAAGCAGCAACUUGUCAGUCUAGAAUCAACCGAUGACAUCUUGGGCGUGGCUGCCGCUGAUGACAGACUCUUUGUGUUGACUAACAACAAAUUGUAUGUAAUCAGAGUAGACCAGCAGUGAAAUGAACGCACAUAAUUCUUGCAGAGAAAGUAAAACAAAUCUCCGUCAUAGACUUCUUCAUU